GGUCAAUCAUUUGGUCGCUCUUUGGUCUAUAAUUGCAUACAGAAAAUACAGAAAUUCAUGAACAAAAUUCAAGAUGGUCCGAAAGCUGAAAGUGUGCAUCAUUGGUUCGGAGGGCUGGGGCUCGGCAAUCGCAGCCUCUGUGAGCAAGAAUGUUCAGCAGAAGGAGGGCUUCGACAGCCGUGCACACAUCUAUGUCUAUGACGAGCUGGUUCACAACAAGUACCUAUCUGAGGUGAUGAACAACUGCCACGAGAAUAUCAAGUAUCUGCCUGGCAUUAGGCUGCCAAACAAUUUGAUUGCAGUAAAUGAUAUUUUGGCGGCUGCACAGAAUGCCGAUAUCAUGAUCUUUGCCACACCACAACACUUUGUGAAAUCGUAUUGCAAUAUAUUGGCCGGCCAUGUGAAGAAGACCGCCAUUGCCCUGUCCAUGGUCAAGGGACUGGCUCACGUUUGGGAUGGCGAAAUCGAUCUGUUCUCGAACGCGAUUAGCCAGCAUCUGGGCAUACCGUGCUACUCGAUGAUGUCGGCCAAAAGCGCCAUAGAAAUGGCCCAGGGCAAGCUCUGUGAGAUUACCAUUGGAUGCAACAAUGAAGAUGAUGCGCGGCUCCUGGUCGAGGUGCUUCAAACCGAAAACUGCAGGGUGACUACCAUCAAUGACGUUGAUGGCGUGGAAUUGUGUGGCACGCUGAAGGACAUCAUUGCCUUGGGUGCGGGUUUCGUUGAUGGCCUGAAAUUGGGCGAAAAUGCUCGCGUAGCUGCCAUCCAUCUGGGUAUCAAGGAGAUGAUGCGCUUCACAAUGGCCUUCUUCCCUUCCGCCAAAAUGUCCACAUUCUUUGAGAGCUGCGCCGUGGCGAACUCGGUGGCCUCCACCUAUGUCGAUAAGAAUGUCACCUUUGCCAAAAGUUUUAUCACUUCUGGAAAGACAAUUCAGGAGAUUGAGGCCACUCUCUUAAAUGGCCGCAAACUGCUCGGUCCCUUGAUUGCCGCCGGGCUGAACGACUUUCUGGAGAUGGAGAACAUGCAGGAUGAAUUUCCCCUUUUUACGGCCAUACACCGAAUUUGCCAGAACGAGGUGGCCCCGCAUACAAUACUGGAAACCCUGCGGACUCACCCUGACUUGAGCGACUCAUCCUUUUCACAAUUCCUCUACGAAGAGAGUAGCAUUGAUGACGGUCUGGAAAACGUAUCGGAAGAUCUGGCUGAACCUUUGUCGGCCUUGGAAAAGGCUCUGAAUAAGACAAAAAAAAAGAAAAGUUUUCGGGAAUUGACGGAGAAUGGCAGCUGGAAUCCGGUCUAUGAUGCAAACCAAGCCAAAAAGCACACACUGACAAGUCCCUGGCAUGUAAAUGAGAAGGAGGGCCUACAGAUAAGUGGUUGGCUGGAGUCCAAUGACUCCAGCCAACCCACCGUUGCCUCCGGGACUCAGGGCUCUGGAGAUAAGGACAGCAUCGUUGGCUCCACAUCGGGGUCCGAUGAUUGCCGAUGUACUGAGAAUGCCGAUGCUGAAAAUAUUCCAGAUAAAACCAAGAAGGACUUGCCCGUUGACAAAACUUGGCUAAGGGAUCAGCCACCACCAAUGAUCAUUGGGAGCGACGAUAAAGGCUCCACCGAACCGCCAUUCCAGGAUUCUAAUAUGAAACAAGUGGACGCUGUGGACGAAGGGACGUCUUCGCAGAAGAUUAAAGAAUCCAUGGAGAAGCGCCCUAGGCCAUUCAUCAACACAUUCCAGGGCCUGAAUAUAAAGUCCGUGACAGGUAAACAAAAGGAGCCAGCUUCAUCAGGAAAGGGUGAAGUUUUCCCUAAUAAACUAACAAAGCCACCGUUGUCCUAUACUAAAGACAUACGGCGAAAAAUCGAAAGCUUCACCUCUGAGAGCAAAGGAGAUUUUACGCCGGAGCCCAAGAAUAAAUUAAACGCAUCGAAGGAAUCUGGGAAAGAAACCAGCACCGGUGUGGAUAAGGCAACAAAGGGUGAAAAUUCGAAGAUGAAGGAUAACGAUCGUCAACCUAAGCCGGAAAAUCAAACGGAAAACGCUAAUUUGAAGCAAGCCGAGAUAUUGGAGCAUGACCAGACCAAGAAUUCUCCUAAAGUCCCCUCAGAGAAGGAGCCAAAACGUGGGCCUGAACAUAAAUUUGUUUUUGAAAGUCUGGAGGACAAAGAACGCUUUGAGUCAAUAAUAAAGCCCAGGACAGAAAGGCUAUCCAGAGCAGAUGACACUGAGAACAUGAAACAGUAUACGCAGACUUUGACAUAUAUGCUUACCCAUAACCCUGUACAGAAUCUUGAGGUUUCCGCAGUAGAUAACCAGCUGGAAAAGGCAAAUGUGAUUAAAAUGUCAGAUUCCACAGGGAACAAGGAGGUACCCAUGAAACAUAAGCCUUACAGCCUGACAGAAGAAUCAUUUAGGAAGUGGAAGCAAGUGGAAGCGGAAGAUAGACCACCGGAACACUUACAGGCUGAGGAUAAUAUGUAUCUAAGUGUUGAAGAGAUGGUCAGACGUGAAAUGGCGCUUGAAAAGGCAAAGGACAAGGCGGUACCCAGGGAAAAUAAUAAUCAAGACAGCCUGGCAGAAGAAAAAUUUGAAAAGUGGAAGGAGGUGGAAGCGGAAGCGGAAGAGGAAGAAACAGAACCGAAACACUCACAGAUUGAAGAGAAUAUGUUUCUUAGUGCUGAAGAGAUCAUCAGAACUGAAUUGGAGGACCAUCGAAAGCAGGAACUCGAGACUGCAGAAGAGAAGGAAAUUAUCAGGGUUUUGCUGAACGACGCAGAAGAAGGCAAACCGGAAAUGAUCACUGAAGAUGAAGAAAUGCUUAAGGAACUGGACAAGAGGCAGGUGCUGGCAGAAGAGCGGGAGAACGAUGUUCAGAGGCAAGCAAAGAAUGGCGAGAAGAAGCCACACCAGAGCCUCGAUGAGGCCAAUCAUCGUUGCUUUAGCAACGAAAAGAAGGAUGGCCAGGGGAAUACUCCGACUCCAGGCAGCACGGGCGAUCACGAAUGGGACUGGCUGCAAAACAAAGAAAAUCCAGAAACAGAAAACAAGAAGGAUGGGCGUUUUUUAGAGUAUUACGUGAACAAGAAGAAUGCCCAAAGGAAGCUCGAUAAGCUCAAUAACCUCCUGCAAGAAGUGUUCCACAAACAGCAGCAAGAGGUAGAUCAUAGGCCCGAGGCUUCUGGAAAUUCUGUCGAGAACUACGAAUCCGGCGAGACUGCCCAGAAGAAACGCGAUGCUCAACAGCCGCAGACGCCGGUGCCAAAGCCAGUCCCGGUGAAGGCUCCUCCAUCGAAGCGACAGAAGAUUCCGGAAGGCUCGCCCCAGUUUCAGGGUACGCCGCGUACGAUUCCACCUCCAUCGCCGCAGACACUGCCCCUGACUCCUCAGGAGCAGCAGCCACUGCGCAAGGACUACCCCAUUCAGUUCGAGGCUGGUGAGGAGCCAACAUCGUCACAUCAAACUGAUGACGGUUCGAAGGCCCCACCAACAUCCAAUACGCCAUCACCAAGCGAUCAGAAAGUCACAAAAAAGAUGGAGGCUCCAAUAAUUGAAGUGAGAAAACACAUGCCGCAUUUCCUGAAGAGAGACACACCGAAACCACCCCCCAAAAAGGUAGAUAGUCCACCAAAUGUAGUGAAAAAGUACGAGCCUCCACCAAACAUGAGGAAAGCGAAGCCACAGUCGGAUCAGGGUCAACGGGAGAACACUUAUGAAGUGCUGGAAGAUCCAAGGUCCACAACCGAAGAGCGAAAACCUCUUCCUAAGGACAACCCGCCAUCGACAGCCAACACGGACAAACCUGAUGCCCAGGAAACCCAGAAGGAGUCCCAGCCACUGAAGGCAGAUGAAGUGACCGAGAAGCUGAGAAGCUUGCUGCGCAAGGAUCAGGACAAGAAAGUAGGCUACAAGGGUAAGAAUCCCUUCAUCAAGGAGCCAGACCUGCAGUCCAAGCCACCGAUGGAUACCAGUCUCGAGCACGACCUUGCGAGGCGGAGGUCCGACGGGAGUCAGUCGCGUCGCAAGGUGGUGGUCAAGCCGCCCUUCAAUCCCCCAUUCAAUCCUCGUGUCCGCAAACCGGGUCCACCCUUCGACGGUCGAGAUCGAGAAUACCACACCGUGCCAGCGAACUAUCGUUUUGUGCCUCGUAUGAGCUGGCCCUUGGCGGGGCUGAAGUCGAAGGAGACCCAGACCCAGACCCAGAUCCAGACCACGCUCAGAACUGGCAACCAGGCUAAUCAUUUGGCCAUUAUGGUCCGCAGCCCCCGACAGAUGCAGCUCAUAUCGCCCCCGACACUAGAGGUGCCAUUGGGGCUGUUCCCUCGCUACCCAUCAUUGAACAAGCUCCUCUGCGCCGUCCAGCUUGGAUUACUGGCCUCUUUCCUGGCUCGCUAUAGAAGAGCCAAUAGGUAGACGAGAUCCGAACUGAAGCCAGCGAACUCUUCCCAAAUAAAGUUGAAAUUUAUAUACAA